UGAUGUCGCUGUUGAAGCAGAAAUCAAACACCACAUUGGUUUGGAUUUUGACUCCAGCUGAUCUCUCACAUUUGGUUGUUUUUUAAUUUCCGAAAAAGUUCAAUCGAUUUAAUCAUUUUGAUUAUGCCUGAAAAACCCGCUUACAAACGUGGACGGAUGGAAUUGGGAACCAUCACUGUACAUAAUAUAAAAUUGCUUAGAUUAAUAAACCAAGUUGUUUUUCCAGUGAUUUACAACGAUAAAUUUUACAAAGAUGUUUUGUUAGCUGGUGAAUUGGCUAAAAUCGCUUUUUACAAUGACAUUGUUGUUGGUGGUGUUUGUUGUCGGAUCGACACAACAAACGACCAAAAGAGAGUUUACAUUAUGACCCUUGGGUGUUUAGCUUCGUAUCGAGGACAAGGAAUCGGAACUAUGAUGUUACAACACGUGCUGAGUUACGCUGAAAAGAAUGAUCUUGAUGGGCUUUUCCUUCAUGUCCAGAUAAACAACGAAGGAGCCAUAAAUUUCUAUAAAAAGUUUGGAUUCGAAAUAAUCGAUGUAAAGGAGAACUAUUAUAAAAGGAUCGAACCUGCUGCAGCUUAUGUACUUCAAAAGGAUCUUAAAAUAAGCACCGAGAGAAGCGGCAGUAGUGGUGCAAGUGGGAAUGGAAAUGGAAAUGGCAACGGAAUCAGCAGUGGGGCAGGUUCGGUGGACGAAAGGAAACUAUGAGCUGCCAGUCGACUAGAACCAAAGACGAAGAUGUAAAUUAACCUUUUCUUUUAUAAACUUGUCCUUAACAAAGUUAAUAAACAAGGAAAUGAUGCCCUCAGAUUUAACCUUUAUCACUUUACAAACACCUUCAGCUUUACAAUAAUUUGUAUUAAAAUCAAUUCAAUUGUA